UGCGCUAAAACUAGUUUGUUACAAAUUCAAAUAAAAAACGGUCGGUAGUAAUAUUCGGUUAGGUUUUCGGCAAAGGAAAUUUUUUACGUUCGUAAAGUAUAACAAUGGCGGACACAGAUGAAUGGAAGCAGGUAGUACAAAAGACUUGUACAAUGGUACGUAGUGCGAUAACACAGUUACAUACAAUAUGGACAGAAGUUGGAUACGAUAAAGAAACACAGAUAUCUUAUACUAAUGCAGCACUUGAUCACAUACAGGAAUUGUUAACCGAUAUGGUGUCAGAGUCCGAGGAAAAAAAAAGAUUACUAUUAGAAGAAUCUAAACAGUUAAUGCAAAAUACAUCUAUUCUAUGUAAAGAAUUAAAAGAAACUAUUGAUGCGAAUGGAUAUGAGAAACUACCAUUAUUCAAAUUACAACAAGUCCUUCGACAUGAUAUGGAAAAGCUGUUGCGUAUAAAAGAACAACGCAAAACAUAUUUGAAUGAAUUAUUAACUAAGGAACAUGAAAUAUGUAAAAGGUUAGGUGUGCAGCCAGUAGGAAUCGAAUCUAAACUUCCAACCAAAGAAGAAUUGGAUAACUUUAAAUUAUAUAUAGAUAAACAAGAAGCAGAAAAGGAUCGUUUAGAAAGCGAAUUUAAAAAUAAAUAUAAUUACAUUGCUAAAAUGGUACAUGAUCUAGGAUUUAGUCCAUCUUCCCAUUUUGAAGAAAUAGUAUGUAAUGAUCCAGAUAGUUUUGUAUUAACUUCUGCCAACAUGGCAAUGUUAAAUGAUUUUCAAGAAAUGUUAGAAAGACAAUUGAAUAGUGCAAAAGAGGCAAUUGAGAAUAAAAAAGAAGAAUUAUUAGCCCUAUGGGCAAAUCUUAAUGAACCUAGUGAUUUUUGUCAAGCAUUUUUCGACAACCAUCCAGGAUAUAGUAAAGCUACUUUAAAAGCAAUAAAUGCAGAAAUCGGCCGAUGUAAAGAAAGAGCACACAUUGCAAAAUAUGUGAAUAAAGUACGCACAGAAUUAGUUAGCAUGUGGGAUUUAUGCAAAUACGGUGAAUCUCAACGAAAGAAAUUUACUGCAUUUUAUUCUCGUACGUACACUAAUGAUUUAUUAACUUUGCACGAACUCGAAGUUGACAAAGUUCGUAAGUAUUAUGAGACGAAUAAGAUAAUUUUUAAUUUAUUGGAAGAGAGAGAAAAGCUCUGGACAAAAAUGAAAGAAUUAGAACAUCGUGCCAAUAACCCAGAUCGAUUAAAUAAUCGAGGUGGACAACUGCUGGCAGAAGAAAAAGAACGCAAAGUUAUACAAAGAAAAUUACCUAAAAUUGAAAGUCAGUUGCAUAAUUUGGUAGAAGAAUAUGAAACGAGGCACGGGGAAACGUUUUAUGUUAAUGGCGUUUCCUUGGAAGAAUUCUUAGCACAAUCAUGGGCAAAUCGUGAUAUAGAAAAGGAAUGUCAAAAAACUGCAAGAAAAGAGGCAAAGGAAAAGAGUGCAAAAAAAGCAAGUGUAACCAAACGUACUCCAACAGCAUCGACCAGUCGUCUUCUAACUCCUUUGUGUACCUCAACCAAGAGGAAAUUAUUAUUUGGUUCUACGCCCAAUAGUUCAGGCAAACGACGUAAUAUUGGUAACGAUAAAGUACGUAGUGUCACGUAUGCUUCCAAAAUUCGAAGAAGUGGCAAAAUCUCCAGGCGAGCUUUAUCCGAGAACAAAAAACGUAGAAGCGAUCAGAGAAAAUCCAGAUCGCCAUCGCAGAAUGCAGUUACCAUUGAUACAACUUAUGGACAAUUUCAAGAACAUUUGAAGGAUAGAGAAGAAUGUCGUAGUUCCUUGUUAACCGACCAAUCGUUAAACACUAAAUCUGUUUUAAAGACUCCGAAUCGUUCAAACGUUAAACCUUUGAGAAGAAAUUUAUAUAACGUAAAUGCAUCAUCCAAUGCAACAUCCAAAUUAUUACAAUCGACCCGAAAUUCUCCUCGUAGUCCUAGGGUAGUUCAUGCUUCGAAACUUGCUACGGCACCAAAUGUGCUUCCUAUUAUUUUUUGAUGGUUUAUUUUCUUCGUUUAGUUGUCCUCCUUUUUAAUUAUUUAUCUACUCGUCGAUGUUCUUUUAUUAUUUCCAAAAAGUUGUAUAGAAGAAUAAUAUAUAGUAUACUGUACAUAUACAGUAAAGGGAUAGAUAUGGAGAAAAUUUAAAGUUGGGACCAAAAUUUUACUUUUGACUUUUAAGAAGAAAUGUAAUGUAUAUUAAAUAUGUAGUAAGUUUUUUAUUUGAAAUUUUUAUAUAAAUAUAGUCUUAACGCAUUUUAGCUAUUCAACAUGUAUAUAUUUAUUUUAUGAAACAUUUG